AUGGAGGGAAGACUCGCCUCAAGCCUUGUUUCUUCACAGCUCUCGAAAGAGAUCUGGGCGCCACCCAAGGAGCAGCGAGGCUGGACCCUGAACAGCGCCGAGUACCCGCUGGGCCCGCACGCCAUGGACAACCACAGGUCGCUGGGCGACAAGCACGGCCUCACCGGCAAGCGGGAGCUCCGUCCCGGAGACAAGGUGCAGCCGGGGAGAGCUGACAGGCCGAUACCUGAGUCCAGUAUUGUGCGCACGAUCAUUGACUUUCUGGAUUUCUUGCGUCUCAAAGAGGCCGGGGACCUCGACAGCCUGCCCGACCCCUUGGCCGCCUCCUCGGAAGACCUGGGGCGGCCCUGA